AUGGCUCAUACAGCUGCUGCCACGACUUCACCAUCCUCUGUGCCUAAGAGGCCAAAGGGUAUCCUGAAGAACAAUGGCUCCUACCAGCAGACCUCCCCCGACGCACGCAUAAGUCCAACGUCCGAGAACGCUGGCAGUCUUCCUGGCAAUGCCGGACUACCGGAGCCUGCUGUGCCUGCCGAGCGACCUGGCAUGCCUCCACGGGAGCUUUCGGAGAAGGAAAUUACCCAAAUGAAUACAGAACUCAAUGCAGGGAACGGAAACCGCCGGAAUAGCAGCAAUGUUCGUGGAAGUCUAAGUCGGCGUCAAUCAGAACAGGGCAGCGGACCCGCGCCGGCUACGAACGGUGACCAUGACGAGGGCAGCAUGAGAUUGAAGUGGGACGAGGCCAAUCUGUAUUUGAACGAGGGACAGAUGGGCGGCAAGAUGAAGAUUGACGAGCCCAAGACACCAUACGCGAGGAACUAUGACCCAGCGGAGGAUGAAGAGGAGAUCGCCAACAUCAACGCAGAGGAACUCAAUGUGGACGAGCUGGACAUGAGCAAGGCCAAGCCGCGUGGUCGCAAGGCUUCUGGGUCGCGUGCUAGGGAUAACGAGAUCCCUGGUUUGGAGUUGGGCGAGCCCGAGAUGGAUCCACUGAGCAGGCACGACAGCGAUGGUGAGCGUAAAGUCCAGGUCGACAGCGAGUUCAAGGACCAAGACGGCAAGCGCCAUGGCGAGGAAGCUGAAGAAGACAUGACACUGGCCGAGCGUGAGAAGCACAAGAAGUUUGAGGAGAUGCGCAAGAAGCACUACGAGAUGAAGAACAUCAAGGACUUGCUCGGCCAUCCUGAGCAACUGGACAUCGAUGAAGAUGAUGACAAGUGA